AACGCCGUUCGUCUUAAUCAACAACUCAAAUUACCAGAAAAAAGCUUGGUUUUGCUAAGAUCUCACUGAACUUUGAAGAACGCACUGCCGCCAGACGAAUACUGGGAGCUAAUUCGUGCUACAACCGAGGUAAUUUCUAAAUUUUGUCAUUCAACUUUCUUCUGUCUUCACGCUUCAUAGUUUUGCGACAAAUCAAAUAAUAUUCGAGCAUCCAAAAUCUCAGUGAUCUGCAGACAUAUCAGCGAGAAGGUAAAAUUAUAGCGAGUCGCAGGAUGCUGGUUCAUUUCUUGUGUAACGAUGUUUAUUAUCAUUCGCUUUACUUCUUCUUUAUUCAACCGAUCGCGAAGAACGCUGAUUUGAACUGCAUAUAAUCCAUUACCUGACGAAUCUUGUGUAAUGAAAUUUGGUAUGAAUUGGAAACAGUCUUGUUCUUGUAAUUUUCAAACCUUGAAUUCAAGUGCGCCAAUAACUAAGUUUUAAUAUCUCGAUCCACGCGAUUCAGGCCAUAAGCAGCUCUUCUAUAUUCAGGCGGCCCGUUGACUCCUACAGAGUCAAUCGCGAAGGGAAGUGCAAAAUAUACGUUCAGCAGAGCAUUACUUGGUGUGUAUAUAUAAACAAAUUUCUUCAACGAUUCAACACUUCGCCAAAGGACAUUUGCUUUAAAUUCUGUUAUAGUAUUUUAAAGUUAAUUAAAAAUACAAAGUGCUAGCGUAGCCUUUUCGCUUUCGCUUGUUCGGAAAAGGCCAGAUGUUCUGCUCGCAAAGUGGGAAAAAUUUAUUACAGAUUCACUCCACUGCAUAACAAGCAAAUAAUGAAAUGAAAUAAACUAACACUACUUCAACAAACAAAAACAAACAAAAAAAAAAACAAAAAAAACAAAACAAAAAAAAACAAAAAAAAGUUGUGGAGAAGGAGACAACCAAAAGCACCAAUGCGCCAUACUAGGGACGCCCCCACUAAUUAACAUAUAAGAAAAAUAUAUACAAAUAGAAAUAUAAAUGUUCUAGUUAUCCUUAAUAAAGCUUAACACAUUUCUUUUAAAAGUUGCAAUACUGUUUGAUUCUCUAAUAUGAUUGGGUAAACCAUUCCAUUCAUCUACAACACGGUUAAAAAAACUGUAUUUAAAACCGUCAGUUCUACUAAAAUUUGGAACAAGGUCCUGUGUGUCAUUUUCCUCAAGUUAUAACCUGUAUUUCUGUCCUUACAAAAUAUGAGCUUAUUUGAAAUGUCAAUAUCAUAAUGUCCAUUAAUUACAUUAAAAAAAAUGUAACAUCUCUAGUGAACCUCCUAUUAGAUAAUGACAACAAUUUUAGCUUAGAUAGUCUAGUAUCAUAAUCAUCAUCAGACCUAGUGAUCCAUCUGGUAGCUCUUCGCUGAACAGCCUCCAGUUUAUCAAUGUUACGUUUAGUAUGAGGGUUCCAAGUUUCGCAUGAAUAUUCUAGUAAAGGUCUCACAAGACUACAAUAAAGUCUGUUCAUGGUAUCAAUAUCCUUUAAGUCCCUACAAGUCCUCUUAACCAACCCUAAAACCCUAUUAGCCUUAGCAGUUAUUUUAUCUACGUGUUGGUUCCAUGAAAGAUUACUAGUAGUAAAUAAUCCUAAAUCUUUAUACAUAUCAACACUUUCCAAAGGUUGACCUUCAAUAUUAUACUCCCCAACUAAUGGUGACUUUUUCCUGGUUAUUCGCAUGAUCUUACAUUUCUUGGUAUUAAUUCUCAUCUUAUUCAUCUUACACCAAUCUGAAAUUUUGUCUAUGUCACUUUGAAAAGUAGACAGAUCUUCUUGAGUACUAAUAACCCUAUACAUUUUACUGUCAUCAGCAUACAGAGCAAUUGAACUGUCCUUACUAAUUACCCCCGGUAAAUCGUUGAUGUAGACUAUGAAGAAUAAUGGUCCCAACAAAGAACCUUGUGGGACACCAGAGGUUACGGUUAACCAGUCAGAAGCCUCUCCUUUCACUACAACACGCUGUUGACGUUCUGUUAAAUAAUCUCUACACCAAUUUAGCAAGUUUCCAUGGACACCAUAUUUGUAAAGUUUGGUUAAUAGAAUAUUAUGACAGACAAGGUCAAAAGCCUUUGAAAAGUCUAUAAAUACUACGUCAACUUGACCUCUCUUGUCCAAGACUUUGAACCAAUCAUGAUGUACUAAGAGUAGUUGAGUAGUGCAGGAACGACCAGUGAGGAACCCGUGAUGAGAAUCAUGUAUGAAUGCAAUAACUUGAUCAUAAAUAGCAUUGUACACAAUUCUCUCCUGGCAUUUCCCAGAGAUAGUUACAGUCAAACCAGGUCAAGCGUUCCCGUCGCUAACGAACUAAUGAAUUCAUUCACGGAAAAAUGAUUUCGUUUGUUGAUUCAAUAAUCCAUUCAUAAAAUGAAAAAUCCAAUAGUCAUAUUUAGCCUCGAUUCCAUAAUCGAAUGUUGAUUCGAUUACUGUUUUUUGAAAAAUUACACUUUCCACAAGUUGACCUCAGAAUUUUGUUUUUUGCUCUUUUUUUUCGGAGAGUCGAGUGCAGGCGAGUUCUGAAGUUCAAACCCAAACAUUGCGGCCAAUAAUCAGUGCAACAGACCUAGGCCUGACCUCUUAGAAAACACGACGGUCAAACUGAGGUCAGUGUAUGUGCGGUGAUUGGUGGAUUUCGAUCCUCGGCCUUUGUCAGUUUCUUUGCGUUUGCGGUCUGUCUAUUCUAGCUGUUAUUUUGAUUAAAGGCAAUGAAAAACGCAAUCGUAAACGGCAGGAAAAGGGAAGCAAAUACGAUUGAACACAACAGACAAGAAUAAAGAACAGGUAGAUUUUGUUCAUAAACCAAAUCAACAUUUGAUUAUUGAAUCGAGGUACAAUUUGACCGUUGGAUUAUUCAUUUUAUGAAUGGAUUAUUGAAUCAACAAACGAAAUCAUUUUUCCAUUAAUGAAUUCAUUAGUUUGUUAGCGACGGGAACGCUUGACCUGGUUUGACUGUAAGAGUGAAAUGCCUCUAUAAUUUUCUACUGGCUCUCGAUCACCAUCCUUAUGAAUGGGUGUAAUAUUAGCUGAUUUCCAUAAUUUAGGUAGGCGUCCCUGUUUGAACGAUAAAUUGAAGAGCAUACUCAGAGGAACUGCAUAUGUGUCAGCAAUCUCUUUAAGUAAACGAGCAGGUAUUUUAUCAACUCCACAAGACUUAUUAGCAUUAAGACAGCUAAGUAGCUUUUGAACUUCCUUAGUGUCACAUGUCACUUGGUUGGUAACUACCUCAAAACUUGGAUCUUGUAAGUCAGUUAGUAUUAGAUCCGGUACCCCAGUACUCUGUUUACAAAAAACUGAAUGAAAGUGAAUAUUAAAUAAGGUAGCUUGCUCAUGAGGUUUUAUCGCAGAUCUUCUGUUGUAGGUGUUUACAUCAGGAAGCCGUUUUGAUUUCGACUUAAUUGAGUGGUAACUCCAAAAUCGUUUUGGGUUUACCUUCAGCUGACUCGACAGAUGCUCUAGAUAUCUCUUAUACUCAGAUCUUACUAACUGCUUGACGGAUCUCCGUAACUCUUUAAACUUUCGGCUAAGGACUUCUGAUGGAUGAGCCUUUAGUUUUCUCCAUAACCUUUUUUUCUUUUGAUCUUAUUGAGAAUUUCCUUGGUAAUCCAUGGAGGAUUAGUUUUCUUUUUCACAGUAAAGGUUGGAAUGCACAUAUCAGCAGCAGCUAGUAACAAGUCAUUGACUCUUUCAGUACAGAUGUCCACAUCCUCUUCCAAGAAGAGGGUUUAGUGUGAAUGUAUCCAAAGAUUUCGAUAUGGAUUGCAUCGAACAGCUCUGAAAUACCACGUGUGCAGUGACGGCAGUCUGUCACGAGGGCCGUUGUCUUAUGGACGCUGAGAGCGGCGUAAUCAUUAGUGAUUAACCAUUUCACCCCUAGAAUGAAUAAUGGCAUCGUGGUUCUAAUUUCUGAGUCUGUGGGCGAAAUCCUGUGGAGUGACCAUUCAAAUAAAAGCUACUGAGCGUCACUUUCCAGUGAUGCUGUUUGUUACAGUGUUCAAGCUAGUUCUAACCGUUAGUCUGAGGACGAAAUCCUGCGGUGUGACCUUUCAAAUAAAAGCUACUCAGCAGGCCCCAGUUGUUCAAAAGUUGGAUAGCGCUUAAUGCAACGGAUAAGUGUUAGGAAAACCAAUUGCGCUAUCCAGUGGAUAGCGUUAUCCACCUUUUGAACAACUGGGGCCAGUACUUUCAAAUGGUGCUAUUUGCUUUUCAGCAUUUUACAAAAUGGAAGUUGGAAAUUUUGUCGAAUUUUAUUUCCUUUCCAUUUGUGGGAGUAAAAGGAUUAAAGGGACAUGACGAGAAUUUAAGCCCCAUGUAAGGGAAUCCAUGUAACGGAAUCCAUAUAAGGUAAUCCAUGUAAGGGAAUCCAAGACAAUCUUGGAUUCUGGAUUCCACGCUGUGGAUUCCGGAAUUCCAGAUACCACUGGAUUCUUGUUAUGGAUACUUUGGCAGUGGAAUUCGGAUUCCAGAAUCCAAUCGUUAUUGGGAUUCCGGAUUCCUUGCUCCUUCCGGAUUGAAAAGCCCAGGAUUCCGAAAUCCGGAUUUCCUUACAUUGCACGAAAGGCGUGAGGAGGCCAUCAUCAGUGAUUUAUCAGCGAACAAACUUUCUGGCCGAGCAUUUCUUUCCUAUCGGUCGUUUUAACUGAUAUUGUUAAGACGAGUUUGCAUGUAUCACCCAUUAUAGCAGUUGAUUAUAGUAACUUCAAUAAUCUGAAAAAUUGCUUGAUCCUUUACAAUCCUUCUUUGUAGGGUUCCUGAUCAGAAUGUCUCGGUUGAAGUAAACCAUAUGGCAUCAUCCUCCAAAACAAGAGUGGUAACACUGGCAUCAGAAUGGGGAUCAAAGUAUGGAGGGAUGUCAACUUUAAUUAGAGAGUUAGCGAUACAAUUGGCAAAACAUCCUGGUUUGCAGGUGUUUAUGUUUCUUCCGCGAUGCAGCGAGGAAGAUAGGGACGCGGCUCGACGCUGUAACAUUACUCUGGUUCAGGCAAAGAGAUUGCCUGGUUAUGAUGAAGAAAUAGAAUGGCUUUGCUCGCCGCCAGAAGACCUACAAAUUGAUUUCAUUAUUGGACAUGGCGUGAAGCUCGGUCGUCAAGCCCAGUUCAUAAGGGAACGUCGUCUUUGUAAGUGGAUACAGUUCGUGCACACGGACCCAGAGGAGGUUGGAAUGUUGAAAGAAUUCAAUAAUGCCAUUCCAAAGGGUGUAAAGAAGCGUAUGCACGAAGUAGAACUCUGUGUCAUGGCUGAUUUUGUUGUGACGGUUGGGCCAAAGCUGGAAGAUGCAUAUAGGUGUUACCUUCGCUUUUGUCAGAAAGACCAAGCUUUAUUUGUCCUUACACCUGGCAUUUUCAAGGAAUUUUCCGAUGUGAUGCAUGGCACUCGAGACGAAAAUAAGUGUAUAGUUUUGGCUUUCGGACGCAGCGAUAGAGAGGAUUUUUCUCUGAAGGGUUACGAUAUCGCAGCUGAAGCUGUAGCUAAGCUAAAUAACGCCCAGCUGAUUUUUGUUGGCGCAUACGACAGUGAAGAAGUUGACGUUGCAAACAAUUUAAAGAGUUGCGAUAUCCCUCCCAGUCGUCUGAGAGUGCGACCGUUUAUCGAAGACCGGGAACAUUUGAAACGGGUCUUUUCCGAAGCAGACAUAGCCAUCAUGCCAUCCAGAACAGAGGGUUACGGACUUGCUGCUUUGGAAGCCCUCUCAGCUGGGCUGCCUGUUCUUGUUAGUGCCAAUUCGGGAUUUGGGGAAGCCCUAAAGAAAGUCCCUUUCGGCUCAGGCAGUGUCAUCCAUUCUGAAGAACCUGGUGAGUGGGCUAAAGAGAUCAAGAAGGUUUGGGCAAAAGAUAGAGCUACUCGCCUUCAAGAAUCGAAAACACUCCUCCAGAAUUACACGAGCGCUUACAACUGGGAGGACCAAAUAAGAGAUCUUGUCCACAGGAUAACAAACAUUGGUAGUAGUAAGUAUGAAUUCCAUUUUUACCCUACUUUCUCUCUGCAAAGUAUAUUUAACAAUUAUUCCUCGAGCCCAAAUGGGCUCUAAGUCAAUAGCCCACUAUGAUGAGGGCGAGAGGAAUAAUUGUUUUAGUAAAAUCCAACUAGUUGGUCAAAAAUAUCGAGAAUGAAAAAAAUUUAGCUAGUUAAAGCUCGACUUUAAUCCUUUUUUGCCGCCAAAAAGCCGACUCUUUUCGCUACUAGUGGGCUAUAACGUAUAGCCUAGUAGUAGUCCAGCCAGUCAGAACGCAGCGUUGAUAAUACACCAUUAGGCGGAUUUUACUAAUAAGUCUUACACCUCAUGGGACAGUAAUAGGACAAUUCCAUACGCAAAUAGUUUUAAACAUCAAUUAUAAUUCAGUUAUUUUUUUUCUGAGGGGAUUCUUGGUUUUGAUGUUUUGUUCUUCAAUAAAUUAUUAGGUAUUUAUGAAGACGGCAGUUUAACAAGACAUGUUUUGAACCUAUGUGCUGUAAAAGCAGUUGGCGAACAGACAUUUAAUUAAACCUAGGAUUGUUGAGGUCAUAUGUUACUUCUAUAUCAUUUUAAGAGGUAUAUAGAUCUGAAACCGUGCAGAAUUCUUUUAGCAACUUCGAAAAAACAAGAACAAAGACAUCCGGUAUAGGAACACAACAAAAUGUCUAGAAUGUUCGACUUUUUAUUCCGAUACCUCAUCUCUUGUGAGGUUUUUCUGAGUGUGAUAUCUUUAUUUUUUAUUGUUGGACCAGUUUUAAAGUUGAAGAGACCAUCCAACUCUGAUCCAGAGGAUCCUUGCCAUUCCUGGUUAGCGCCUAAUGCAGGUAAAGUUGUCUUACUCUUUAUCCGUUCUCGUAUAGGCUUUGAUAAAUUGUGCUAGGAUAAUUUUUGGCAUAAUUCGUCAUUGCGCGAAUAAUUUUGUACUCCUUUCCGCACAAAGCACUAUGGGCAUAAUUUUUACUUUUGGCCAGCCUUUUUAAAAUUGAUAUUGUUGCGUUCGACGAGGGAGAACGCUGACUAUUCGUGUACCGUACACUAGCUAGUAACCGUUCUGUAUGCCAUGCGAUUUCACGGUUUGGACGCCACCUUGGACCAACACUGCGGCAAAACGUCUACGCAUGCGCCAGGUUGAGCAUUUCCGGUCUCUUUUUCAGGCACACUUUCCAGUCAGAUCAAAGUCUCCCGCGCGCUUUCGGCUUCAUUCUGUGUGCAGCUUGCGGUUCAGUUGUUCUGCUUCAUGCUGCUCGUGUUUUUGACUAUUUUGUGGUUAUUGAAAUUGCUUUUAUGGAUAACAACCAGGCACAGAUCACUGAAACAGUCAGUCGAUUAGAUUCAGAAAAGGUAAGAUGAUAAUGACUUAGUGUGUAAUUUUGGCUAGAGCGUCAGGUAAACUGAUUUUCAUUCACGAAAACAAAAUUUUUUACUGUUAUUUUUCACUUAACCUGGCUGAAACUAAGACAUAAAAAGUUAUCAUUGCAAGUUGGUGUAUUGUAGUUCUAAUUUUCAGUUAACGUUCUUCAGUUUCUCAGUCUUCAUGUCUUAAAGCCGAUUCGAGCUUUAUUUGGAAAACGAUAACACACAAUCGCUUUUUAGUUUUAUUUACCAGUGAGUUUUAACCGUGUUUUGAAACGAAACUCUUCUGAGUUGAUUGCCAUGAAACAUAAGCGUAAUUAUAUUGUUGAGGUUGGCAGCAAGGUGACAACUCUAUUAAUUUUUUUCAUUCUCAGAAUCAGAGAGCGAAAGCUGGUUCGAUGGCUUUUAGAAGUCGAACUUUUCAUGCCAUGUAUUUAGCAGCUGGAAGUUUCGUGUUUGCGUGAAACGCAGCCGAGCCCCACAGUCUGAAAUUAUUGAAGUGUUCAACCAAAGAACAACCAUGUAAAAGAAUUAAAUAGGCAUUUUCUUGAAUGAAAGUCAUUAAUAGGCAUGUUUAGUUUCACAGCACUGAAAACUCACUGUGUUCGUGACUGCAGUCAUCAAAGUCGAAGUUGUUAUUAAAUCCCGCCCAUCUUGUUUUGAGUUCUUGUUUUCUCCGAUAAUAAAAAAAUUAUUAAACAGACUAAAAUUUUAUUUCCUGGUUUUAGUGUUAAUGAUAAUGAUGACUUCUUUAUUUUGGUUUCUUUCAUAAGUAUUGUUAUUCUUUUCUUAGUUGUCGCCUUCUCCCAAAUUAACUUAUGCCAGAAAGCCAGUAAAAACAAAUUCGUCAUGUCGAGCGCUCGCGACCUGCAAACUUCAAACAUCAUUUUCACCGUUGGUGUAAACAGAUAACCAUGUGGUGCAAAAGUUUGACGCUAGAAAAAUAUAUAAGCUUUCGAAUGAAGUGAUUUUUUCCCCCCCUUUUUUGUCUGUUUCUCCCUUUUUGCUUUUAAACUUGGUGCGACGGCAAUGUUAUGCUUACGCAAUUGGGUUAUAUACUAGACCGGAAAUAAAAAGCUGACCGGAUGUCAAAUUUUGUGCUCAUGCGCAUUGCGUUUUGCCGCGGUGUUCCUUGGACCGGCCUGGCACACUUUGCUUCGAUCUCAUGUAUUCAGUUUUUCUCGCCCGGGAGCUGGUAUCUAUUUUGUGACACUCGUUCACAGAUGAAAGGUUGGCGAUUUUCUGUUUACCGCAGGUUUGUUUUUGUUUUUCUCGCAGUUUUCAAUUAUUAUUUUUUUUAUCAUAGAAAAAUUUCCAUUCUAAGAUAAUCGGAUAUGUAGAUAUACCUGGAUUUUUGAAAACCAGGUUAGCAAAAAUAUCAACUCAUUUGACUAAUUGGCAAAUUUAAAACAACAAAACUCAUUCAAAGGCCGAUUAAAAGCCUUUAUAUGACGCCGGGCAGUACGUUAAUGGUCCGUAGAAGCAUUCCAACGAGUCCUAAUUUAAAAUGACGCAAAUUUUAGAACAUUUAUUCAGUAAACUUACUUCGCGAAGUUUCAAACCGGUGUCAUUUCAGUCUAGAAAAUUUUUAAGUUGAGUGAGCUGAAGCGAAAGGGUGCCUGGUUAAUACAUAACAACUUAAAUAGUUAGCAAAUCACUACUUUUUUCGCGGUCCGAUAAACAACAGGAUUCCGCAUGGAAUAGACAACAAAUUGAAUGAAACAUAGUGCACAAAUUAUCACCAGCUUUAGGCGCCCGCUGAUUUCAAACUGAUAACUGUCACUUGUGUUAAAGAAAAUUGUGGGUAGGGAAAAAAAUAGGGGGGCGGGGAGGGGGGAGGGGGGUAAGAUAGUAAUUCUGCCUACAUCACUUCUACACAACUCCCUCACCACAAGACAAGCCAAAAAAAUGGGACAUAAGCAAACAACACAAUAAACAAGAUAUUAGACAGGGGAAGUUGAGAAAAGUUACAAAAUGUUUGCUAACCCGGUUUUCAUAACUCCAGGUAGAGACAUUAUGUUAACAAUGUGUUUUGCACACUGUAUUUGUUUUUAUGGAUUCAAGCAAGAUCAGCUUAGAUCGACCAUAUUUGAUUCUAUUACAAAUUAUAUCUUUUCGCUUUUAAAAGCUAUUUACAGCGUUGUAUUUCCUUUUGUUUCCCACCAUUUUUGAAAAAUACACAAGAAGUUGAACAGUGAAACAUUGACCCUCACAUCCUACUAAUUCCGGGUGCGUUGUAUUUUGAAAACAGUGCUUAGUAGGUGAGUCGUGUUAGCCUCGUGUCACACAACAAGGCAAGUGAUACGUGACGCUUAAACUUUUCAGAUGACUUUAAUUUUCUGUAUAACAAUUUUUAGCCAAUUUUAUUGAUCAUCCUAUAGUGCAAAAGAAUAUCCUGAGGUUCAUAGUCAGUGUUUGAGCUUUUCUUACUUACAUGUACUUUACUUAGAGGUUAAGCCAAGUAAAUGUAAAAGCAUUUUUGAGGAAUAGUAACGAAUUAUAAAGUGGGAGGACAAACAAUAACACUGUUAAAGACAGCUGCUGAUAUUCAUAUUGAUAAAAGUGUUUGAACUUGAUUUCUCGAUAUUACAAGCCCAUCAGGUUUUGCACCCCCUUCCCCCUACCACUCACUACCUACCACCCUCCCCCUCCCCAUCGAACGCACUCCCCCAAUUUUUAAUUAUUACUAAUUACUUAAAAGUAAUAAAAACAUUCUUUUUGCCUUGUUAUUGUCACAUUCAGCACAUGCAUGCGACCUUGGUUCCACAGUAAGUGACCCUGGACUCUUUCCAGAGGACUCAACGCAUGCGCAUAACUAGCUAGGCUACCCAAGAUGGGAUCCGCGAUUUUACUCAGUCGUUGUCAGACAGUUUUGUUUUAGUAGUUUCCCUUUCUGUCACUGAAAAUACUUUGCAAGACAGUGAUAGCCGGGACAUCUAUUAUGAAUAAUGCACUAGUAAAGUUUCUUGUUGUAAAUAGGGUAAAUGUGUUUGCCAGUUACGGGUUUAUUGCAUAGGUAUUUACCAAAUUUAAAGAAAAAAUAGAAGCCCAACUUCUGCUUGUUUUGCUAAAAUGACCAUUUAUUUAAUCACUUCCACCAUAUGGUGCGGAACACACAACAGAGCGAGGCUCCUGUUAAAGUGUGUCCUUGCAGAUAACCCACCCACCCCAGGUCUAUGUCCCCUACUCUUUUCGAACAGUGGUGUGGGUUCUUUUACGGUCCACAAGAACCGGAUAAGUGAAAGUGAUGUGAGACGGGACCUAAGGUUUUUCGUCCUUAUCCGAAAAGACUAGAAAGUCUAACCGUUUUUAGUUGUCAUUGCAAAGGCAACACUUUCUCCCCAGUUAUUUUAAAGACCCUGACUUUUGGUCAGGCCGGGGUUUGAACCCGCGACCUCUCGCUUAGCAGACCGGCGCUCUCCCAACUGAGCUAACCAGGCAUAAUUAGUUGGCAUAAUUUUAGAAACAUAUCAGCAGUGCGUGCAGCAUAUUAUGCUACUUUUGCACGAGUGCAGUCUAGCAAGCCUAAUACAAUCUCGUAGGCGCAUGUCGCUACGCCAUGUCCCUGUUGCCGUUCUUAUAAAGCAACUGGAGAUCAGACAGAAGCAACGUCGAUUUUGUUUUAACCAUUGGACAAAAUAUAUAUUAGACAAUAUAUAUAUGUUGUCUGGGACUCAGAUAUUUUCUUUGUCCCACGCUCGUGACAUGCUGAUCAUUUCGUUUUCACAUUUGUUUCACCGAGCUUAAAAUUUACCACAAUCUUUCAUUCUUUCACCAUACAGUGCGACAUCGACAUUGCUGAUCCUAGCAGUAUACAGGAAGCGUGUCAAAAAUUAACCUUGUAUAAGGCCUCGCUGUCCACGAGUUCUCCGUAGCUCAAGUGGAUAGAGCGCCCGCCCGGUGUUUGGGAGGUCAUAGGUUCGAAUCCUGUCGGGGACUCAGACUUUUUUCUCUGUCACACGCUCUUGACAUGUUGAUCAUUUCGUUUUCGCAACAGAUAUAUUACUUUGCGUCAGAACCCAAAUGCUAGGUAGUUUAUAAAACCUGAAAGAAAUAAUGUAGCUUGCAACCUGACAUGGACUUUCAGAUCAAUUAAAGUCGAGCCAUUUGUACAUUUAACUAAUGGCUCUCAUUGAAAAUGAAGGUGACUUUCGGCGCCUAUGACUGUAGAAGAGGUUGCUCAGAUGAUCGCUAUCCAGCAACCUGUAAACGUAACAUGUUAUUACUAUUAUUUGUGUAGAAUCAUCAGCUCCAAAGUUGAAAAAAGUUUCAACCAUCACUCAGCUUCCUAGUGGACAACCCAGGAGUACGACUGCACGUGAUGUAGGUAGGUUAUUGACAGCUUUAUAAAUUAAUAUAUGUAUUUGUUCUCUAAAAAGCCAUUUUUGUGAUUUUUGAUCACAUCUUUAUUGUGUGAACGCAAAAGAGAUAUUGUCUUAGGCAACCUAAUUCUUGUUCACCCGAGCAAUUUAAUUUUGUGAUUCUAGAAGUAACUUAUAUCAGCCAGUGUAGAGGCCCUGCCAGGGGGGGCUCCCAUGUCGCUCGUCUGAAUUUUAAAACGUCUCGUGUCGGUGUUUAGUGAUGCUUCACGUCGCUGUCGGAAAUUGAACGAAAAUUCUUUGUCUUUGUCGGAAUUUUAGAAAAGGGGGAUGGCGAUGCGUUGUAAAGAAACCAUUACAGUUGUGCAAUUUCUCAGUUAACCUUUCGCGUAUAGAACACCGUCCUAUACAUCGCCAUUCACAAUUAAGGGUGUGUUCCUUUCGGUGAAUCCAAAAACGUAUUUUCGAUCUCAAAACGGGUUUCGCGUUCCUUUCGGCAAAUCCAAAUUCGGAUUUUUGAUCUGGUGAAUCCUUUUUGAAAAAGGGUUCACAUUGGAUUUGAAAUCCGAAGAAUCCGAAUCCAGAUUAACGGAUCAGUGAUUGCUGUUGCAUUCACAGUGGAGUCGAAAUUAGUCAGAUGAUCCAGCUGUAUUUUCAGUUGAAGUAUUCCCGUAUAGUUUCCUAAUCGCUGCCAUUUGCCGUAGAACAUCUGAAAACACUAAAAGAUUGUUCAUAGUAGUACAGUAAAAUAUCCAUGUGCUGGCCAUUUUUCGCUAAAGAUUGCUUAAAAACACAAAUAAGUAAAAGGGACGAAUAACUGCUAUCUUUCUACAAACUCGCUUGUGGACGCGAUAGGCACUGGAUCGUGUUACAUAAAAAAACCGACCUACGAAACAGGAUCAAACCAGCCGACAACCUUUUAGAUAAUUUUCAACGUUAACGCGCUCCUUUCUUGAUCUGUUUAUAUUCCAUCGUCGUUAUUCGAACUGCCGACCACAAAAUUCUGCACGGUAUAAUCGCAUAAUUUGUCAAACAGUAGAAAACAUGUCAUUUCUUGAGAGGCUCAGGCUGUCAUGCAUAUUGCACGCGUUUGCGAAAGGUUACCAAGGUCACAAAUCCAAUUUCGGAUUUCACGUUCCUUUCGAAAUCCAGCAAAUCUCGGACCAGAAAUCCGUUUUUGGAUUCGCUUAAAGGAACACUGUCAACACACCCUAAGUGAUCCACGUUCAACAUUUUAAGACUAGCUGACCUGAUAAAUCGUACGUGAAGGCCGGUUAGCGGUGGUCUACUCUGUGAGAGCGGUUGGAAGGUCGGUGGUUAAGUUACCUGUUCCCUGGUAUCUCCACCGUCGUCACCGUCCGACAGAGGUCGUCAAGGAUGUGAGAAGUUCAGGAACAAGCAAAGUCUUCACCAUUUUUACACAGACCAUAAUACACCUUGUUUAUCCCCCAAAACUUUGCAUAACCAUUGUUUUCGAUUUCUCUUGGGACGACUGUAAUACCCUGGAGAAUUUGGAAACAAUGGUUAUGCAAAAUUCUGAGGGGGAAAACAAGGUGAAUUAUGGUCUAUAUGAAAGUAGUGAUUACCAGAGAUGAAAAGCGUGCGUAAAAUUAAGCUAUUUGACGGACAACCUGGUUUUUGUGCUGGGUUGCGUAAAUAAAGACUACGCGACGGGCCAACGCGACGCGCUAAGGAGGGUCCACUUACGAGAGACAAUCUCUGAAGCGCAAGGAAAAUUGACGAAAAUUACUUCUUCUUGGCAUUCAGACUGGUGAUAAAUUAGCCAAACCACCGUUCUUUGUCGCAUAUUCUCGGCUUUGCUGUCACUGUUGCAAUUUGGCCGAAGGAGGUUGUCGCUUGUCGCGAUUUCAUUUUAGGCUUUGUCGCUACUUUUUGGGUCAUGUCGCUUGUCGGAAUUUACCCUGGCAGGGCCUCAGUGUAAACCAAGGGUAGAGGGAUAUCCACUGAUCAGUGUUACAUAAUUGUAUCGCGGGCUCAGGUAUACAAAUCAUUGAGGUGACGCAUUUUUUGUUCACUGACUAUUUUUUGGUUUUCAAUUGAUCGCGGAUCAGGUCCAAUUUUUAAGGUGGAAUUCAGUUUGCUUUCAACUUACGGAAAAAUUGAAUUACUUGAGAAAGACAUUUCAUAAAAGAUCCCUCGAAAGCUUCGCUUUUAGCCUCAGCUAAAUCUGUAUAUUAAUUUGUAAUUCUUUGAUUUAUAUAUCGAGAUGUUCCAUUUACCUUUAUUUUUACAGUGAAGGCUGGCUGCCCUCGAGAUGACGAGUUAGAAGAACUUUCGACCUUGCUUGCCGACAACUGGGAUAGGUUAGGACGUCGACUGGGGUUUUCUCAAGCAGGAAUUAUUGCAUUUCACAAAGAAAAUGAGAGACUGUCCGAUAAAGGGUAUGCAAUGCUGAUAAAGUGGAAAGAGAGAGAAGGCUCCGAUGGUACCUACAAGGUUUUAUACAAUGCCUUGUGCCACAAAUUAGUAAGAUGUAAACUUAUCGCGGAAAAAAUCUGCUGUGUUCAAAACGGCUGACUUCCCUGUAGCUUAUCUACAGGAAAAGAUUUUCUUGUGAAUAACGUGUAUCACCUUUUUCUUAGAUGUAACAUUGGUUCUCACGAAUGUCGGUCCACUCGCCGUAAUGCAGCUAUCAAAGGUCGUUAAGUUGGCUGGG